GCAAUUCGAUAGGUCAUAUACUUCAUGUAUUUAGGACUCUUUUCGUCCAAAUGCCUGGAAUGAGAUUCAGUGCGCUUAUGAUCUGGACACAAAGUUGCAAUUUGACACAACCGAUUUUGCGACCACGCAUUUUUUGCACCCAUAUCAAGGGUAUAAUCAGAGAUCUCAUGAGAUCAAUCGAAGGAAAAAUAAUCUACCAGAAAAGAAAUGAAAACUGCUGGUUAGCUGCAAACGAGCUGAGGAUCUGGAGGGCGCGCUCCUGUGUCUGUGUACUAUAUACUUACUACGUAAAACAAAAAUCGUUCUGCCCUUUUACCCACAUCUUUCUUCCUACGACCAGCAAAGAAAACGUUGCAAUGUCUAUGAAUAGAGAUACUCCUAGUCCCUGCUGUGAACCAUCGUUGCCUAGCAAUGUGGCGAAGACCUCAGGGUCUCCUCAGCUUUUGGAAUCGCCUUCUGUGACCGGCUCCGCUGAUCCACUUUGUGGGUCUAGUGUUGAAGCCAAGGUAACUGGAGUGCCAUCCCACCAAGAUGACAAGUUUCCUGCUCUUCCCUCCAAUAAGUUGGCUGGGAAGAACAUGGCUCAGUGCUACACUGUGAAGAAACGCUCCAAGAAAACUGAAACUAAGGUUGAUCUUGGUAUGGAAAUGCCAACAAAGCCUAUUGGAGUUGAUGCUGGUAUGAUUGAGCCAAUUGUGGCUGCUGAAGUUUCGGAGGAAACAACUGUUGAUGUUGGUGUAAUCAAGUCUAUUGCUUUUGCUCGCAUGAUUAAUCCUAAUGAUUGUUUAAUCAUCAGAGUACCUAAAUUUUCCAAGAGCAGGGCCAGAAAGAACAAAAAGAAGUCCGGAAAGGCCAAAAAGGCCAAAUCCUCCUAUUUUAUUGAACACAUGGAGGAUAAAAAGGGACACCAAACAAACGAUGAAGUUGAUGCAGACAUUGCGCACUUAGAAACUGUUGAGCUCGACACUCAUGCAGACACUACGCACUGCGACACCAUUGAGGUAGUCACUCCUAACGUUGCUGAAGAAGAUACAGGCAUCUUACACUUAGAGACUGUCGAUGCCUACGCACCUGAAGUUGAUGCUGAAGAAUUAAAAUUCUUCUUGGACGUAGAGACCAUCGAAGAUGUCGAAGAAGUCGACACACCUGAAGUUGAUGAUGCAAAAGGAAAAUUCGUCUUGCGCUUAGAGACCAUUGAAGAAGUCGAAGAGGUCGACACGCCUGACAUUGAUGCUGAAGAAGUCAAAUUGUCUUUGCACUUAGAGAUGUUCGAAGAGUUCGACUCUCCCAGUGUUGCUGCUGAAGAAGCUGCAGACUCCACGCACUUGGAAUCUGAAGCUAACUGGAACGCAACCGAUCCUUGUGUUAAUAUUGAAGCUACCCAAAUCCUUAAGAAAUUACUAGGUAUUGGUAUGCUCACUAGUCAUUGCAUUGAAGAAGUUGAAGUUGUUGAAGUUGUUGAAGUUGUUGAAGUUAUCACUCCUUUGGAACGCAUUUGGAUGCCACCUACCAAUUCUAGCGUUGAACCUCCUCAAACUCUUAUGCAAUUACUGGACAUUGAUACGACUCAUCAAAUUGAUGAAUAUGCAGAUUCCGCUCAAAGCAACAUGCAAAUGGAAGCUGAGGUAAACAUUCUUAGUAAUGAAGUUCUUGAAACUGCAGAAAUCCUUUUGCAAUUAGCAGCCAGUGGAAGUUACACAAACAGCGAUGAGGCACAAGAUAUCACCAAUAUUCCAGACAGCGGGAAGGGUACCAACCAGAGCAAUGUCUGCUCAUUACCACCAUUGGAGUUGGAAGCUAUUGCAGCGACUGACAAUUAUGGAGGAGAUGGUACAAAUGUAACAGUUCACUUAGAAGGUUGUGCAAUCACAAACGAAUAUGACAACAAUGCUCCACACGAAGUCAUUGAAUUAGACGCUUUUGGGAAGAAUAACUCUUCUAGCAAAGUUGAUAACACUGGAACCGAACUUGACAGCGAGCAGGUGGCUGAAAACUCUGAUGAAAACCUCCUUGAAUUUCCCAUGAACUUAAAUUCCCGUGGAAAGGUAAACCACCCAAGCCUUGAUUUCCUUCGGGAUAUUAUGCUUACUAUUCUUGUUGCUCUUCUUGUAUGGAGCAUUGAGAAUAGUUUUAUGCUCAAGCUCUGCUUGUUCUAUUUCCUCAUCCUUCUGGAUUCUAGAAUGAAUUUUACACCUGGAACCUCCCGGAAAUCUGGAUCUUUGUGUGCAAUUGAUUACACCUCUGAUAUUGAUGGUUUGGAGGGUACUCCCAAGAGAGAGAUGUUGGUUGAGAGUACAGACAUCCCUGACGAGGUUGACGUCCGACUUUCCCAUAAUUCUACCAACUUGGCAGAGAACCCCGAGGUAGUUGAUGAAGGUACAACACCACUUGAUCUAAAAGUUUUCUCGACCAAAUCAGACUUAUAUCUUGAUAUUCAAGAUAUAGUUUCUAUCGCCAAAAAUCAUCUUGAUGCUUUCACUGAUGGUUUUUCCUUAUCUGUUGAUGAACAGGUGAACCACUUCUCGAAUGGGUCCAUAUCACCUGCCAAACUUUCCUUCAGAAGCUUAAAGUCUAGCGAAACAUCAGCAAGUUUCGAGGAUAAGUCCAACGAUGUUUACUUACUUUUAGAGGACCAGCAAUCCAUUGAUGCACAUCAACUUGAUACUACUCACCAAAGUAUACCGAAUCUAGAACCUAAGUUAGACUGGAUCAAAUACUUCGAGGCAUGUUCCAAGGCAAGAGUUGGGGGACUCGAGUCUAGGUUUGCAACGAACAAUGGAAUCCAAUUUGGUAUAAUGUUGGUAGUAGUUCUUCAGUUGCUAGUUCUUAUGGUGGAUUGUUUGAUUUCAAAAACUUCGUUACCUCGGUUUCAAAAUCUUGGCUUGUGGACAGCAUUCGGUAUUGUCUCAUGGCUUUUGUCUAGACAAUGA